GCAAGAUUCACCACCAGUCAUGUGCACUGUGAAAGAGUGACUAUGUGGCAAGGAUAAUCAUGUAUAAAAUAGGACUAUGCCACUCGAAACUGAAAUUAUCUUUACACCUAAGAAACUGACUGAACUGGAAAAGAAUUGUGCAAAAAAGGCCAUACAAGUCAUACAAUUCUCAGCGAACCAAGAAUGCAAGACACAGACAACGACGAUCGAACAGCUCUCAGCAACGAAGAACCGACACUAAAAACCUCCGAUAAACAUGAGGGCAAAGAAGCAGUACCUGGCAAUACCAAGGAAACACGCGAAGCAGACGAUAUCGACGAGAGCGCCCGAGGCAACCCCCACCAGGCUCGUAUCACGGAGGAGACGCAAAGCUCUUCAGAAACCCCUUUAGAACCGCAAGACCCAAGGGACACACGAAGGUCUGGCCUGGGGGAAGGACCCACCGCAGCGGAAACAGGAUCUCAGACGACAAUGAGUCCACCCGACGGAGGCUGGGGGUGGUUCGUUGCUAUUGGCAGUUUCAUCAAUACGACACUCAUCUUCUCGCUGCCUGUGUGCUUCGGCAUCCUCUUCUCCCGCUUCCUGCUGGACCUCGGGACGUCCUCCACCACCACGGCCUGGAUAUUCAACCUGCAAAUGGCCUUCUGGCACGUGCUGGGCCCCUUCGUCAGACCCCUAACCCGGGAGUUCGGCUGGAGGAGAUCCGGGUUCAUCGGGGUGCUACUCGUCUCCACCUCCAUCAUGCUCUCUGCCUUCGCCCCGUCGGCUGAGUUCCUCUUCUUCUCUUUCUCUCUUCUGAGCGGGAUAGGCGGAGGUCUGACCGGCAGCAUAUGUUUCCUGAUUGUACCAACCUACUUUGAGCGACGGCGAGGGAUAGCAAAUACCAUGCUGACGUCAGGGAUUUGCAUGGGGCAGAUCAUGGGAGCUCCGUUCAUCCGUUAUCUGCAGGACGAAUAUGCCUUCACGGGAGCAGCCUUGAUAUACGGUGCCAUCCUCUUGAACGGUUUAAUUGGCAUCUCUUUCUUCCAGCCUCUUAAAUGGCACUUGAAGGAAACGAAAGCCACGGAAGACGUUGUUCCGGAGGACGGAUCUGUCCCCCUUAUAUCCGCUGCCAAGAAGCCGGAGGAAGAGUCAGUCCCGAAUGUCUUGACGGAGGAGAUGAAAACUCAGGCGAAGAUGGUCAGAGCGAGGACGUUGGCGCGGAUAAGCGAGACGUCUUGUACCUCCCACACGUCGCGAGAUUCGGCAACUUCGGCGCUGUUCGUGUCCAUGACAGGGAUUCCCGAAGUGGUCGAUUUGGCCGAGGAGAUCGAGGCGAAAGAGAGGUCCUCUAGUCUGUGGGAAGUCUUGAAGCGCGUCUGUGUCUCAACGUUGUCCGAUCUGCGCGUAUUCCGCUCGCGAAGGGCGCUGAUCAUUAACACAGGGAUAGCUUUGUGCAUUAACAGCUACAUCAACUUCAUCAUGAUGGUCCCGUUUAAGAUGCAGCAGGAAGGCUUCACUCUGCAGGAUUCGGCUUGGUGUGUGUCGAUCCUGGGCUUCUGCAACUUGGUGACCCGGCUGAUCGUGUCACCGCUCGCAGACUGGUCAAAGUUCAACAUGCGCCUGUGUUUCAUGAUCGGCUAUGCUAUCAUGGCAUGCUCGAUGUAUGUUUUCCCCCUGCUGACUAGCCUUCCAUGGAUGGCAGUCACCAUGGCCGCUACUGGGUGUGGCAUCGCAGCCAACAUCACCUUCAACAGUCUCAUCAUGAUACAGUACAUGGGUAUAGAGAACCUUCCUCCCCUCUUUGGUGCUUCUUGUCUCUUACUCAGCGGAACCUUCAUAGCCUUUGGACCUUUCAUCGGUUUUGUACGUGACAUGACCGAGAGCUACACCUUCAGCAUGUGGCUCCUGGCAAGCAUGUCAGCCUGCAGCCUCAUUCUGUGGUUCUUCAUGCCCGCCGCUAUGGCCCAUGACGCCAAAAUGGAAGCCAAAAUGAACAGAGAAAAAGAAAGCGUUUGAUAUUUUCCGAAUCUUAUUGAUUUUCAAAGUUCGUUUUGUCACCAACUUUAAAGAACGAAGAUCAGAUUUGUUCUUUAUUUUGUAGAAAAACAAUAGUGUUUUCUUCGCUAUCUUGUGAAAUCUGAAUCUUGAUCUUCCAUCGUUCAAGAUUUUAUCACAAAUCCAUUUUUUUACCGCUAUCAACUCUUUCAUGAAAUUUCAUAUAUUUCAUAAUCACAUUCACUUUCAAUUAAACGAAAAAAUUGAUUUCACAUUUCAUUUCGAAAGAAAGGUUCAGUUCCAUCAGUGAAAACAAUUAAUUUAUAAUUUCAGGAAAAAAAUGUCACAUGUGAUAAAAUUACGAUAAUUAAUUCAUCUUUUCAUAUUAAUUUCGAUGACUGUCAUCAUCAAACCUUCGCAAAUAGUCAGAAUUAUUGUUGUAAUAAACUAUACCAUUCUUAUCAAAAAUAAAGAAGAAAAGUUAU